AUGCGGAUAACAGCGCUCUCAUUGCUGCUUGGCGCCGGAUCGGUGGCCGCUUUGGAAGUCGACUUUGACUCUACAAGCUCGGUCAAGGCCGCCGCCAAAGAUGUCGCGUUCGACCUCAUGUCCUACUACAAGGGCAACCAGAGCGGCGAAAUCCCGGGCCUCCUCACCGAGGACGUGAGCAAGUGGUGGACCAACGCCCUGGUGUGGUCCAGCAUGAUCGACUAUUGGCGUUACACGGGAGACGACACGUACAACAAGGUAACAGUAGAGGGUCUGAUCUUCCAGAGCGGUCCGAGCCUCCGACAACCUUUCCUCCCGGCCAACUACUCCAUCAGCAUAGCGAACGAUGAACAGGGUCUGUGGGGCAUGGCGGCCAUGCAGGCCGCCGAGGUGGACUUCCCAAGCCCUCCGCAGGGCGAGCCGAGCUGGAUCGAGCUCGCGAAAGCCGUGUUUGACACGCAAGCAGCGCGCUUCUCUGCCGAGAAGACGUGCGGCGGUGGUCUGCGCUGGGCCAUCUCACCCACAUCCGACAUGUGGCACGUCAAAAACACCGCGUCCACUGCCGUGUUCCUCAGCCUGGGUGCGCGUUUGUAUCGUUUUACCAACAACGAGACUUACGCCGAGUGGGCCGAGCGGAGCUGGAACUGGCUCACCGACAUCGGGCUCAUCGACGACGAGCUCAACGCCUGGGACUCUGCGGUUGAUGGGAACGGGCACUGUUUGGCCAUCCUCAAACUCCAAUCUUCCCAUCCCGCAGCCAUUCUCAUUCAAGCGGCCGCCUACAUGACCUCUCAGACUCCCAACACCACCACCGCCUACCAAACCUGGAAAACCCGCCUCAACAACCUCACUAGCCACACCCUCGCCCAUUUCUUCCCCGCCAGCACCAACCUCACCCUCAUCGAACGCAUGUGCAAACGUCCCCCCAACGACAACGACAAAAGCACCAUCACCGCCCCCAAAUCCUCCUUCUGCCUCUCCGACCAGCACUACUACAAAUCCCUCACCCUGCACGCCCUCCACAACGCCGCCGCCGUCAUCCCGCCCCUCCACGAACCGGACCAUCCCCUCGCGCGCGCCCUGCGCGCCACGGCCGAGGCGGCCGCCCGCAGCUGUGUGGCGGGGGAUACGGGGAGGGGGUGUGCGUUGGAGUGGGCGACGGAGGUGCCCGGGACGGUGUUUGGCGGGAGUGUGCCGGCGGAGUUGACUGCGUUGGCGGCGGUGUUGGCGGCGUUGGGGGGCGGGUUGCCGCCUGUGCGGGGGGGGGAUGGGCAGGGGGAUGAGGGGGUUGAGGGUGGUGGUGGUGGUGGGAAUGGUGGUGGGAAUGGUGGUGGGGAGGGCGGUGAGGGUGGUGAGGAGGGAGGGAAUGGGGAUGGGGGCAGUGGUGGUGCUUCGGUUAGGGUUACCAUGGGGUUGGUGCUGGCUGGAUUGGCUGCUGCGCUGCUUUGA